GCGGCGUGGCGGUUGGGAGGUGACGCGACGCGACGCUCGCGAGCGGCUCCACACACUUAUACACAUCCGCUCGCUCGCGCUCCCCUCGCCAGGUGACGGACAUGUCGGCCGGCCGUGGUACAGAUGGUGUCCCGUCGCUCGACAACGGGCAAAGUUGCAGCUGCGCCAGCGGUGUGGUCAGCUCCUCGGCCGCAAAGAAGCCUUGGGAGUGCAGGGGACUUGCCGAGUCGGCCGAGCGGCUGCUGGAGGUGUUGGAGCGGUGCUCGCUGGCCGGGGGCCGCGGAGCCGUGCAGCUGGCCGGCUUGGUGGACUGUCUACUGCUCGCCUUCAAACGCCGAGCAGCGGCAGGAGGUCCAAGUCCCGCCGCCGACAGCACGGUCCCAGUUGGGGACCUCGUACACUGCGGCGGCUGCCGGCAGCCGCUUGUUAACCCGGUCACCCUGCACUGCGGCCACACUUGGUGCCGGCUCUGCCUUCGCUGGGAUCCGCGGUGCCAACUGUGCGGGGAGAAGGUGGUGGGGAUCGAUGCCCGCUCCUUGCGCUCCAACGUAAUCCUGUGUCAUCUAAUGGCCAAAUGGUUCCCGGCCGAAGUCAGCAGAGCCCGGGACAAACUGAGGCUGGAGGAGUUGCUGGCCCAGGGCCGUUACCCUGAGCUGUUGGCGAUAGUGGAACAGUGGUCAACCAAAACCGAUGAUGUUGCCUUACUGAGCUACAGGGCUGAAUCAUAUGCUGGUCUUCAACUAUUCAAAGAAGCAAUGGAAAAUAUUGAAACAUUGUGUUCAAGAAUGCCUGCUUGGCCGGAGAUUUUAUCACAUUUGCUGUUACCUGGACCUGAGAGUGUCAAAGAACAAUUACUGCACAGUAAAAAUAAAGAUUUGACAGUGCAAUCAUCGACUGCUGUUGGUUGCUGUUCAAUUCUGUCACAUUCAACUGAGUUAAAAAAUGAAAUGUCAAAUGCAUCAAACACUGGGAAGGAAGAGCAAGCAUGUCUGAAUCGAUCAGACAUGGUUCAAUUGCCACAUUUGGCAGAGAAAACUGUUGGAUUCAAAAGUGUUUCUUCAGCUCUGCUACUUUCAGGCCAAGAGAAAACAAUUAACAUGAAAAGAAAGCUGUCUUUCAUUGAUCAAGAAGUGAAGGAUAUAGCUGAUUGGAAGAAUAAACACCAAAAACAGGAUACUGAACAACUAUACCAUUCAUGUUCUGAGAGUACAAUAACAAAAUAUCUGGUAGAUGUAUCAGACUUUGAAUGUUCCCUCUGCAUGAGAUUGUUUUUGAAGCCUAUCACUACACCAUGUGGCCACACAUUCUGUAAAGGUUGUUUGGAACGAAGUUUGGACUAUAGUCCCAUGUGCCCACUAUGUAAAGAUAAUCUAAAAGAAUAUCUUGACAAGAGGAAAUACACUGUCACCUAUAUUUUGGAACAAUUGAUUGCGAAGUACCUUCCUGAAGAAUUGUGUGAAAGACAAAGGGUUCAUGAUGAAGAAACUGAUGAACUUGCAGAUUUGACCAAGAAUGUUCCUAUUUUUGUGUGCACAAUGGCCUAUCCUACCGUGCCGUGCCCGCUUCAUGUUUUUGAGCCGCGGUAUAGACUAAUGAUUCGAAGAUGUAUCGAUACGGGUACAAAACAAUUUGGAAUGUGCAUCAGUGACCCAAAGAAUGGAUUUUCUGACUAUGGCUGCAUGUUGCACAUAAGAAGCAUUCACUUCCUUCCUGAUGGACGAUCAGUUGUGGACACUGUUGGAGGAAAUUGUUUCAAGGUUUUGGAAAGAGGGCAAAAAGAUGGAUAUUACAUUGCCAAUAUUGAAUACUUAGAAGAUGUAACGGUCACAGGAAAGGUGUUGGGUAAACUUAUUGAUCUUCAUGAUGAGGUAUAUGUACAAGCUUGCAACUGGUUUCAAAACUUGAAGAGCAGAUUCCGUUGUCAAAUCCUUCAGCAUUUUGGACCAAUGCCAAAGAGGGAUGAAAAUAUCCAGGGACCUCCAAAUGGACCUGCUUGGUGUUGGUGGCUUCUAGCUGUUCUUCCUGUGGAUCCCAAAUACCAGUUAUCUGUGUUGUCCAUGACAUCAUUGAAAAAUCGCUUAAUUAAAAUUCAGAACAUUUUGAUGUAUUUCUCCAAUGCAAGAGAUCAACCCAAGUGACAAUCCAAAUUCACUUGAACAAUGUGCUAUCUAUCAUUUGGUUCAGAGUACGAAAGAAAGGGAAAUGUAAAUAGAAAGAGAACAUCAUUCUCGGUCAAGAAAGAUUGUAAUAAACCAUUUUUUGAAUGGUCAGAAUUCCAUGACUUCUGUAUUUACAAUUUUUGAAGUUGCACUGAUCAUUUGAACUCUGUUAGAUGAGGUGAAUUCAGAGUUUGUAGGUACGUUCUGAUUUCUAAGCAAAAGAAUCAUAAAUUUGAAAAUUCAGUAUAAUUUGAAAGGAUAUUUCAGAUGUGCUGUCUUUUCCAUUGUUAAGUAAGUGAUGGUUCCAUAGGUGCAGACAAGCCUUCACUGCAUGUGUGACUGUUUCCUUUUGAUAUGCAGUAGGCUCGUUGAUUAUAGAACCUUUCCCAACUGGUCCUAUCCAUUGAUGCCAUAUCCACUUUCAAGCAAGAUUCAAUGUAUAAUGGUCAAAAGAAGGAACCCCACCUGGAUUUGUCUCCAGUAAACUAACUAAAUUAACCAAAAUCACAGUACAG